CCGCGCCUAGCGCUGCCCGCCUCGGCCAUGUCCGCCGCGCAGCUCUACACCAAGUACACUAGGGUUUGGAUUCCUGACCCUGAUGAAGUUUGGAGAUCUGCAGAAAUUAUCAAGGACUACAAAGAGGAAGAUAAAAGCCUCCAUCUGAAGCUGGAAGAUGAAACUCUCUAUGAAUAUCCUGUUGACCCUCAAGGGAAUGAGCUGCCUUUCCUGCGCAACCCAGAUAUCCUGGUGGGAGAGAAUGACCUGACAGCCCUGAGCUACCUGCAUGAGCCAGCAGUCCUCCACAACCUCAAAGUCAGGUUCCUCGAGUCCAACCAUAUCUACACAUACUGUGGUAUUGUGCUUGUUGCCAUCAAUCCGUAUGAGCAGCUGCCAAUCUAUGAGCAAGAUGUCAUCUAUGCCUACAGUGGCCAGAACAUGGGGGACAUGGAUCCUCACAUCUUUGCAGUGGCAGAGGAGGCCUACAAGCAGAUGGCCAGGGAUGAGAAGAACCAGUCCAUCAUCGUGAGCGGGGAGUCGGGCGCUGGGAAGACUGUCUCUGCCAAAUACGCGAUGCGCUUCUUUGCAACCAUCGGCGGCUCUGCCAGUGAGACCAACAUUGAAGCCAAAGUCCUGGCAUCCAGCCCAAUUAUGGAGGCGAUUGGCAACGCGAAAACCACGAGGAAUGACAACAGCAGCCGCUUUGGGAAGUACGUUCAGAUUGGCUUUGACAAGAGAUACCACAUCAUUGGUGCCAACAUGAGGACUUACCUGUUGGAAAAAUCACGAGUUGUGUUCCAGGCAGAGGAUGAGCGCAACUACCACAUCUUCUAUCAGCUUUGUGCCUCAGCAAGUCUUCCAGAAUUCAAAGACCUUGGACUAACAUGUGCUGAAGACUUUUUCUACACUUCUCAGGGAGGUGACACAUCUAUCGAUGGUGUGGACGACGCUGAUGACUUUGAGAAAACCAGGCAUGCCUUCACCUUGCUUGGAGUGAAGGAGUCUCAUCAGGUGACCAUUUUUAGGAUCAUUGCUGCCAUUCUGCACCUGGGGAACCUGGAAAUCCAAGCGGAGCAGGACGGUGAUGCCUGUAGCAUCUUGAGCGAGGACGAGCACCUGAACAACUUCUGUGACCUGCUGGGGGUGGAGCACAGCCAGAUGCAGCACUGGCUUUGCCACCGCAAACUGGUCACCACGGCUGAGACCUACGUGAAGAACAUGUCCUUGCAGCAAGCAGUGAAUGCCAGGAAUGCCUUGGCCAAGCACAUCUAUGCCCAGCUCUUCAACUGGAUCGUGCAGCACAUCAACAAGGCCCUGCACACCACGGUCAAGCAAUACUCCUUCAUCGGUGUGCUUGAUAUCUACGGGUUUGAAACUUUUGAAGUGAAUAGCUUUGAGCAGUUCUGUAUCAACUAUGCCAACGAAAAGCUCCAGCAGCAGUUCAACUUGCAUGUGUUCAAGCUGGAGCAAGAAGAGUACAUGAAGGAGGGAAUCCCUUGGACUCUCAUUGACUUCUAUGAUAACCAGCCCUGCAUAGACCUUAUAGAGGCAAAACUUGGUGUCUUGGACCUUCUGGAUGAAGAGUGUAAGGUUCCCAAAGGCACCGACCAGAACUGGGCUCAGAAGCUGUACGACCGGCACGGCAGCAGCCAGCACUUCCAAAAGCCUCGCAUGUCCAACACCUCCUUCAUCAUCCUGCACUUUGCUGACAAGGUGGAAUAUCAGAGUGAGGGAUUUCUGGAGAAGAACAGGGACACUGUGUACGAGGAGCAGAUCAACAUCCUGAAGGCCAGCAAGUAUCAAAUGGUAGCAGACUUGUUCCAAGAUGAGAAGGAUGCUCCACCCACCACUUCCAUGGGAAAGGGAACAUCUAAAAUCAGUGUCCGUUCUGCCAGACCAGUAAUCAAAGCUGCCAAUAAGGAGCACAAGAAAACAGUGGGACACCAGUUCCGCAAUUCCCUGCAUUUGCUCAUGGAGACCCUGAACGCCACCACCCCCCACUACGUGCGCUGCAUCAAGCCCAACGAUGAGAAGCUGCCCUUCAAGUUUGAUCCCAGGAGAGCAGUGCAGCAGCUGAGAGCUUGUGGAGUGCUGGAGACCAUCCGCAUCAGUGCUGCUGGCUUCCCCUCCAGAUGGUCCUACCACGACUUCUUCAACAGGUAUCGUGUUCUUAUGAAAAAGAGAGACCUCUCGAAGAACGACAAAAAGCAGAUUUGUCAGACCCUCCUGGAAGAUCUCAUUAAGGAUCCAGACAAGUUCCAGUUUGGACGUACCAAGAUCUUUUUCCGUGCAGGCCAGGUGGCAUAUCUGGAGAGGCUACGAGCAGAUAAGUUCAGAGCUGCCACAAUCAUGAUUCAGAAGACAGUGAGGGGCUGGCUGCAGAGGGUCAAGUACCAAAGGCUGAGACAAGCUGCCAUCCUCAUCCAGAGGCACACACGUGGACACCUGGCACGGAGACUUGCUGAGCACCUGAGGAGGACAAGAGCUGCCAUCACCUUCCAGAAGCAGUACCGAAUGCUGCGGAUCCUCCGAGCUUUCCAGAAGGUCCGCAAGGCCACCCUCACCAUUCAGGCUUUUGCUCGGGGCAUGUUUGUCAGGAGGACUUAUCACAAGAUCCUGGCAGAGUACAAAGCCACCAUCCUGCAGAAGUACGCCCGGGGCUGGUUGGCCCGCAUGCGCUUCCUCAGGCUCAGGGGGGCCACCCUUGUCCUCCAGUGCUGCUACCGCCGCAUGAAGGCCAGGCAGGAGCUGAAGGCACUGAAGAUUGAGGCCCGUUCAGCCCAGCACCUGAAGAAGCUCAACAUUGGCAUGGAGAACAAGGUGGUCCAGCUUCAAAGGAAGAUCGAUGAGCAGAACAAGGAAUACAAACUUCUGAAUGAGCAGCUCUCUACACUCACAUCUGCCCACUCCUCCGAGGUGGAAAAGUUGAAGAAGGAGCUGCUGCAGUAUCAGCAGAGUCACCAGGGUGAUGGCAACCAGCUGGUCAGCUUGCAAGAAGAGAUGGAGCAUCUUCGUCUGGAGCUUGAAAGAGCUCAUGGGGAGAGGAAGGUUGUGGAAGACAGCUACACCAAGGAGAAAGAUCUGCUGAGAAAGAGGAUAUCUGACUUGGAAGAAGAAAAUGCUCUCCUGAAGCAGGAAAAAGAGGAGCUGAACAGCAGGAUCCUGUGUCAAGCUGAAGAUGAACUUGCACAAAACACAGUUGAGGAAAACAUCCAGAUGAAGAAAGAGCUGGAAGAAGAAAGGUCUCGUUACCAGAACCUGGUAAAAGAAUAUUCAGGGCUGGAGCAGAGAUAUGACAACUUGAGGGAUGAAAUGACUGUUAUAAAGCAAGCACCAGGGCACAGGAGGAACCCAUCCAACCAGAGCAGCUUGGAGUCUGAUUCCAAUUAUCCAUCCAUCUCAACCUCUGAACUAGGAGAUACCGAGGAUGUGAUACAGCAAGUGGAGGAGGUUGGGAUGGAGAAAGCAGCCAUGGACAUGACCCUCUUCCUAAAGCUCCAGAAGAGAGUGAGGGAGCUCGAGCAGGAGAGGAAGAAGCUGCAAACCCAGCUGGAGAAAAAAGAGCAAGAGAGCAAGAAAUCCCAGGUGAUGGAAACAAAGACUGAAGGGACUUCAGAGCAUGAAGAUUUUGCAUACAACAGCCUGAAGAGGCAAGAGCUGGAGUCAGAGAACAAGAAGCUGAAAAAUGAACUCAAUGAGCUGAGGAAGGCUCUGGCAGAACGAGCAACCCAGAACAACUCCUCCAGUGACAUUCAGGACAGCUACAACCUCCUCCUGAAUCAGCUGAAAUCGGCCAGCGAGGAGCUGGAAGUGAGGAAGGAAGAGGUGCUCAUCCUGAGGACGCAGAUUAUGAAGGCAGCCCAGCAAAAAGAGAUGGGGAAAAACAUGGAGAGCAUCACCACCAGUGCCAGCUGGCCCAACAGUGACAAGCACAUUGACCAGGAGGACGCGAUUGAAGCCUACCAGGGGAUGUGUGAGACCAACCGCAAGACUGAGGACUGGGGGUAUCUCAAUGAAGAUGGAGAGCUCGGCUUGGCUUACCAAGGUUUAAAGCAAGUUGCCAGGUUGCUGGAAGCCCAGCUGCAGGAUCAGAGGAGAGAGCAUGAGGAGGAGAUAGAAGCUUUGAAAACCCAAGUGGAUGCCCUGCAAGAAGAGAUGGAGAAGCAGCACCAGGCUUUCCUGCAGACCCUGCAGCUGUCUCCUGAGGCCCAGGUGGAGUUUGGACUUCAGCAAGAAAUCACACGGCUCACCAAUGAAAAUCUGGAUCUUAAAGAAUUGCUGGAAAGGUUGGAAAAGAACGAAGGGAAGCUGAAGAAGCAGCUGAAGAUUUACAUGAAGAGGGUCCAAGAUUUUGAAGCAUCCCAAGCCGUGGUGCCAGCGGAGAGAAGGCGGCACGAGCAGAGCAUGCAAGUUUCAGUCCAGAGGAAAGAGAAGGAUUUUCAGGGCAUGUUGGAAUAUUAUAAAGAAGAUGAGCCACUCCUCAUCCGAAACCUCAUUACAGAUCUCAAGCCCCAGACAGUGUCUGCUACUGUUCCCUGCCUCCCUGCCUACAUCCUCUACAUGUGCAUCAGGCACGCAGAUUACAUCAACGAUGACCAGAAAGUGCACUCCUUGCUCACCUCCACCAUCAAUGGCAUUAAGAAGGUGCUGAAGAAACACAACGAUGACUUCCAGCUGACGUCGUUCUGGCUGGCGAACACGUGUCGCCUCCUGCACUGCCUGAAGCAGUACAGCGGGGAUGCGGAUUUCAUGACCCAAAACACGCCGAAGCAGAACGAGCACUGCCUGAAGAACUUUGACCUGACCGAGUACCGCCAGGUGCUGAGCCACCUCUCCAUCCAGAUCUACCAGCAGCUCAUCAAGAUAACAGAGGCCAUUCUCCAACCCAUGGUCGUGUCUGCGGUGUUGGAAAAUGAGAGUAUCCAAGGACUUUCUGGUGUCAAACCAAUGGGCUACAGGAAUCGCUCCUCCAGCAUGGAAGAUGGUGACAACUCUUACAGCUUACAUGCCAUCAUUCAUCAGCUCAACACCUUCCACAGCAUCAUGAGUGACCAGGGGCUGGACCCAGAGAUUGUGCAGCAGGUCUUCAAGCAGCUCUUCUACAUGAUCAACGCUGUUGCCCUCAACAACCUCCUGCUGAGGAAGGAUGUCUGCUCGUGGAGCACAGGCAUGCAGCUGAGGUUUAACAUAAGCCAGCUGGAGGACUGGCUGCGUGGGAAGAAUCUGCAGCAGAGUGGAGCAGCACAGAUGUUGGAGCCCUUGAUUCAGGCAGCCCAGCUCCUGCAGCUGAAGAAGAAAACUUCAGAAGAUGCUGAGGCCAUCUGCUCCUUGUGCACGUCGCUCAGCACGCAGCAGAUUGUGAAGAUACUUAACCUCUACACUCCUGUGAAUGAGUUUGAAGAACGUGUGACGGUCACUUUCAUACGAGACAUACAGAUGCACUUGCAAGAGCGAAACGACCCUCCACAGCUGUUCUUAGACUUCAAGCACAUGUUCCCUGUCAUGUUUCCCUUCAACCCAUCCUCCAUAACCAUGGACUCCAUUCACCUCCCUGCUUCUCUCAACUUGGAAUUUCUCAGUAAAGUCUGAAGAGAAUAUAAUUAAGCCCACCUACCCAGAGGCCUCCAGCAAAGAAAGAAAAAUCACAAAAGGAACUGAAGGAGCUCUUGAAAUAUGGACCAAACAGGUGCCUAGAAGAACCAAGACAUGGUAAUAAAUGGAUGUUAAACUGUACAGUGAAAAAAAAAAAAAAAGGACUGAUCUGUAUGUGAUUAUUUGCAGCUCAGAAAUAAGGAUACUUGAAAUGUAGAUGUAUUGGUUUUUACUGCUUGAUUUUAUGUUGACAUAGUUCAAAGCCCAUAAUCAUCUCCAAAAGCCACUAGGAGGGAAGCAUGGUGAGUGGGAGACAACUUGUUUGAUCUUCAUAGGUGUCUGUGAAGAAAUGGCAGUUAAAUCAAAAUCUGAGACACUUAUGCUGCCUUGAAGGACACGUGAGUUGUCCAACACCUCUGGGGGGGUUGUGUGGAUUAAUAACAGGACGUGCAGUUCUGUUCUUGCUAGAAACUGUAUCAGGGUUAUGAGUUGAGAAGGGAAAUUGCAGAAGGUGCAAGGAUGUGUUUGUCACACCUCUUGAGGUCACGGGCUUCCAUGCUGCUGGUUUCCACUGAGGUGGAAUUUGCCACCAAUUCUAUGUUUGAGAAAUGGUGUCGCUCUUCCCAACUGCAUCCGGUGCAUCUGCUUCCUGGGAAUUCAACGAAAUUGGCAGUUUGGACUUGAUUCUGUGACUAAAUUUCCAUUAGUGACUUGCCAAGUGUUGGUCCUAGUGAAAUAACCUUGAGACAAGGGACUGGCUGGGGCCUCCUGCUUCUAUUGUAGAUCAUCCUGAUUCUAUUGGCUUUCCAUGAGCUUCCUCAAGGCCAAAACCUUCCUCCAGUGGCUCUCAAGGUUCUUAAACCUCUUAGGUGGCCUGGGUCAGAAUCUCACUGAGAGAUAAGACAUGCCCAGUUUAAUCAUCAGGUUCCCAGUUCAGUGGGUUAGUCCUUAGCCAUAAUCCAGGGAAAAUUCAGUUCAUCCAAAAUGUGACUAGGACUUAGAUAAAUGAAGGAUACUUGAAAAAAAGUUAUAAAACAAAAGGGGAUGAAUAAGCAGUGAAAUGUUUUAAGUCAAAAAAUAAGGUAGUAAGUAAUACAAGUUAUUUCCCCAAGAGUGAACACAAACUCUUUGUCUGCAACAACUUAAAUAAUUGAUUAAUUGCAAUCAAUUCAAAUUCUGUUAAGAUUUUUUUAACCUAACUUCUAAAUUAAACCAAGCCUAACCCUCUGACCUCAGAUAGAUGUUUGGAAGGGGCCACCUGCUCACAAGAGUAGUCAUUGGUUUGUCUCCCUACUUCUCAGGACAUGUUGAAUUCUCAGUUACUGCAGAGCCACUGGGGAAGGGAAAAGGUGGGUUCCUGAAGGAUGCUGGACCAGGAACCUGGUGGUGAUACCUCUGCCCUAGCUCAGUGUGCCAAAAUGUGGCAAGGACAUCUGGCAGCAGCCAAAACCUUCUGAGGUUUUUGUCCUUUCCACUUCCAGAACGGUCUUGUCUUUUGUGGUUGUGGUUCCCCAAAGUCUCAGCAACUCCUCGAUGAUAAAGAGCUUUCAAAAACCCAAAACAAACCACACCAAACACUUUGAACACUGGUGUUAAUCCUAUCCAAACAGCAAAUUUCUGAGCAGGCUCCUUGUCUGCUCAGAGGAUUCAAGUAGAAUGUGAAGUCUCUAAGAUAACACUACAUCCCACCAUGCUGGAGUCACCUUUUUAGACAAGGAGUCUGUUUUAACAUCAUGUAUAUAAUCAGUGUAUAUACAAACUGUAGGAGUCCUCUAUGUACUAUAUGUGUAUAUUGCUAUCCCAAAAAAGCACAUUUUUAAAGAAAAAGUUGAGUGCUGUGAAGAAUAAUUCCACUGGUCUGUGUGGGUGGAUAAAUAACCUUGUUUCAGCUGGCCCAUGGUUUGGUGGAGGUGUCACUGGAGAGGGACAGACUGAAGGUCAUUCCCUAGGGAAGAAGUUCCUUUUUCCUCUAACCUUUUUUUCCUUCUACCCAUCACCCAGUAAUUACAGAAGAAAAUGUGGUGCUGGAACAGUGCCAGCACUACCUCCAGACACAGUCCUGGAGCAUUUGCACCUAACUGGGAAUAUUCAGGAGUGCCUUCAUCUCCCCCUUCAUGCACAACAAAGGUCGUGCCACCAUUUUUGCUGCCUGUGCCCACGUUCUUCUUCUCACUUGCUCAGCUAAAACAUUUGGAUUUAUUUGACCUACCUCUUUUCACCUUCUGCAACUGAAUGUUCUUCUUGAUUAUUUUCAUUUUUUUGCAAUUCUCUGAAUUUAGGGUGAUUGUGUUUUUUUUUUUAAUUGCAUCUUAACCCUUUUUUCCACACUCCAGUGGUCAUCAAAAAUCAAUAUUCCAAGCAGAAUUCAGCCUUGCUGUCAGGCUCAGAACUUAUCUUAGACCAGCAGUUUCCUCUCAGGUUCUUCAGGUCUCUCAACCUCUUUUCUGAUGGAAAGGAUUCAAGGUAGAGUUCCCAACAGAUUAAGCCUGAAUGAUAAGCACUGUUUUAAUCAAUGAAUCCUCUUGCACAGCCAUUUGGGUGACAAAAUGUGGUUGAUGGCCUUCUAGGGGGUGAUGGUCUUUCACGGGUGUUUGCAGGAUCAGAAUGUCUUAUGUACUACCACAAAACACUCUUCAAAACUCUUGAUGUUGAUCAGUGGGAACUGGCAUUUAAUCCCUUGAUCUGGGGUGAUGUAGUUUAGCCACAAACCUCCACCUGAAAGAGGAUUCUAUGUGAAGUAUCUUUCCUAUAUGUUAUUUUUUUCAUGACAUUUCUUUUUCACUGUUAAUUUGGCGAAAAUGCUGUGCUCAAGCAUGACUUUCUUGCCUCAGAUUUGGUACUGCUUGAUUUAAAGUGCAUUGAUUUCAAGAGCAUUAAUUUCAAGAGCAUUUCACUUCCCACAAAGCACAGCUUUGGUUUUCCAGACCUCUCUUUAUCUUGAAAUAUUGAUUAUAAAGUUGAGCAAUUUCCCCACUCUGUGCCUUGAGCUGUUACUGAGGUAACUGACUCCUCAACUGCUUGUUUCUCUGAAACAAGUGUUUAAAAUGAGGGAUUCUUUUUAUUGCUCUUUCAUAAAAAGUUGGCUGUAGGUGCAUCAGAUUGUAAAAUCUCACUCCACAGAGUGAGAUUUGAAGUUCCUGGGGAAGAAAAAGCAAACAACACUGACCCACAGUGACUUUUGCAUAUAUAAGGCAUCUCAUAAAAGCACUCUUGGGAAGAAAUAAUGACAAAAAAUAAUUUAAAAUGAACCCCCUGAAAAAAUAAAUCCCACAAAUCACCCCCACUGCAAAGCCAGCACUUCAGAGGUGACUUCAGGCAGGUGCUGUCUGACCUACAAGAAGCAUCCAGGACAAGGUACAUGCUCCAUGUUCACCCCAAAUUUUGCUUUGAUGGUCUUUUUUUUUCUGUCUUUCAUUGGCAUUUUGCAUCUGAGGUUGCUUAUCUUGCAGCUGGCUGAGCUGUUGUAGCAGGUAGAAAAGAACAUGAGACCCCAAUUUCUGCAGUCCUACCUGAGAAAUAUUUUUGCUCCUACAACUUGUCCCACUGUCUUCUCCCCAUUCCCUGUUUUACUCCACCACUUUCUGUGAGUAAACCAGGAACAAAAUAUGGGCACGUUAGAGUUUCAGCUCUCUCAGUGGCUGCAUUUCCUGAUCCUGCCACUAAAACACUAAUCCCACAAUAAGUCUUUGCAAUAUGUGACCAUUUUUUUGGGCAAAAGACACAAGAGACAAAGAUGCACUUGAAACAACAGGUCCUUUCCCUCCAUGUUAAGCAGGCAAAAAUGAACAAACCUGUGCAAACUUGUUCUUUGAGACCACGUUUAACUGGAAAAAUCAGCAUUUUGCAUAUAAAGAGAAUCAAAAUUAAUUGCGUGAACUACCACGAGCCUUUUCCCUCUCACUUUAUUGAUCCACAGCCAUAAAUUCAGGUUUUUAUUUCCCUGCCAAAAGUUCUAGAAACGUGGAUGUUAAAUAAAACAAUCCAGAGGACAUAAUCCCCCAAUGAACAUACAAUUUAUAUGUGCCAGUAGACAAGAACUUUCAAAUUAAGUUGAAAUUAAUAGGAAAUAUACAUAUAUACUAAACAGUGCUACUACAGUGCAAUGUUUAUUUUGUUUGGGGGUUUUUUUGUGGGGGGUUGUGAAGUCUUAACAAGCAGAAGGUUUAAGCUGCUCUCAGAGAAGGUGAACAGUGUAGAUGAGAUACUGCUGGUUAUAAAAUAUUUUUCCAGUUUGAACAAAACUGAAAAAUACACUUCUGUUUAUAGGAAAAUGCUUGUAAUAGUCACUGUAAUAUUCAACUGUGGAUAAAAAAAACAAACAAACAACAAAAUUUGUCAAAUAAACACUUUUAAAGAAACUUUUGGUCAAAAAUGGGAAUGUAAAAAAUGUACCUUUCAAUGUUUACUUCUAUGUCUUGGAAGCACUUCUGUUAAAAAAUUACAAAGUACUUUACAAA